AUGGUUGCAUACGAGCUUGAUUUGCCUUUCGAAUUGGAAGCAGUCCAUCAUGUAUUUCAUGUUUGUAUGUUGCGGAAGUGCAUUGGAGAUCCUUCACGUAUUAUGCCCAUUGAAAAUAUUCGUAUCGCUGAAGAUUUAUCUUAUGCAGAGGUACCAAUAGCGAUUAUAGAUCGGCAAGUACAGACAGGGACUCUAAUUGACCCACCCACUAGGAUUCAGGUUCAGGUCAUGACCUUCAGGGUCCAGGAUUCACUUUUUAGAGGUUGUGCUGCCCACUCUUUUUAUCUCACAGUUUGGGUUCCUCUGUGGCCAUAUAUUAAAUUAAUAACCAUAUGUUGGUUGGUGAUACCACAGUUUGAUGGCGCGUGUUAUCUUUAUCAAAAACUUAUUCAUCCAUGUUUGCUGGCGAAACUGCAUGAUGUUAUCACUCAGUUUUAUGGGUUUUGCUAUGUUUACCAACGCUUUCUGUAUGUAUGUUUGUCUGUCAACCUUCAAAUUGUGGCUGACCGGUUGAACAAGCCAAUUGAGGAUCCAUCUCUCAAGAAUGAAUCAUUUCUGACUACAGCAGAGAGGUAUCUUGAAGAAAAUGGAUCUGAUGCUUUGUUGAAACUUAUUGCAAACAAGUGCAAGGAUAAUAAUUUGAAUCAUCAUGCAGAAGAGAUCAAGACUACUGAUACUAGUGUGGAAGCAGGAUCACUUAUCCCCAACCAGACACUGUGUGAAGGGGCUUGUCCUGUUUGGCAAGAUAUCAAACCGAUGGAACACAUGGCAAAAUAUGAAGCAGCUCAACCCAAACAGGUUGUUAGAAGUGUGAGGGAAAAUCUAAUUUGGAGUGAGAAGAAAACGAUAGGAAUGCAGGUCAAGGAAACGGAAGUUCCAACAAAGCAGACAAUCCAGCUUAAUCAGGAACCAGCAAAACAUGUAGCCGCAGCACAAUCAGAUCACAGCAAUAAUGAAAAAUUGGAAGAAACGGUCCACCUAGCAGGUGUUGAUCAGCAAGAAAAUCAAAAGCAACUGAAGAAUGCUGAUAUUGCUGUUCAUAAUUCUAAGCUGUGGUGCCCUGGGGAGAUUGCUAUGGCUGCACAUCUUGAUGGGAUGGAGCACUUGGCCAAACACCAAUUACCUAUGAGUUCUAUGGCUGUGGCAGAGAGGUACCUUGAAGAGAAUGGAUCUGAUGCUCAGGAGAAACUUAUUACAAACAAGGUUAAACGCCUGAAGGGAAAUCUAAUUUGGAUCGCAAAGAAUACAGCAGACAUGCAGGUCAAGGAAACGACAUUUCCAGUACAAGAAAAACACGGUCCUAAUGAAAAACCUAAAGAAAAGAUUGAACUAGUAGCUACUGGACCACAUGAAAAGCUGAAGCAAGUGAUGAAUUCCGAUGGUGCUACACACAAUUCUAGGCUAUGGUGUGGUUUUUGUAACGUUAGAUGCUCUGGUGAGAUUGAUAUGGCUGCACAUCUUAAUGGGAGGAAGCACUUGGGAAAAGUGGUUAUUUUGGGUCCAAACUUUUACCCUAUUGGCAGAACAUAG